AUGGCUUCUCUUACCACCACCAACGCCGACCUUGCUCGGCUGAGCGCGAGCACCGACAGCAGCACUACCACCAACGAAGCCGAUUUGAAGGUCUCCACCCGCGUCCAACGAAAAGACAAGCCGUCUGUUAGGCGCUGGUUCAGCUUCGUUCGUAAACUUGUCUCCUCCAACAACACACGAAAGCAGUCAGAGUGCUCGACAUGCGGAAAGAAAUCCGAGGAGUCUCUCGUUCAAACCUCCCCUCCCAGAGCAUCAUCCACCAUCGCUAUCGCUCCCUCCAGUGCUUACGAGGAGGACACCGAAAGCGCGACGAAGGUGGACCCAACUGCCUUCACGAGGCCUGUUGCGCGGUCCACACCCGUAACCGCACCCGCAUCCCUUCGCCGCUCGGCUUCCGCCCCUGCUCUCGCAAGAUUUUAUUUCGAGGCAAUCUCUGAAGAACCAACAGACUCGUCGACACAUCCAUCAGAAAUCGUCGAAACCAUCAAAGUCGUCGACUCCACGCCACCCAAGCCGGCAAAGGCCAAACGCAGUCACGGCCCCCGCAAGCCGAUCAUGAACACCCCCGACCUGAUCAAGAAAAUCGAAAGGGACAACAAGAAACGCCAGGGACCGCCUGUUCGAGUGGCUGAGGUGAAGAAGAAUAGCAGGGGCGCUGUUGCCUCGGCGUCUGGUGCGAAGGGUGUUCGUGCCAACCCGAUGAGGUGGUCGCAAGACUAA